AUUUGCGGGGGGAGGGGGGGCUUCGCCAAUUCUGCUAAAUACUGUUAAGCGAUUCGUGGAAGAUGCAGUACGGAAGUUGUCAACAAACGUUGGUGAAGAAUAGAAAGUUGGCAGGAAUCGUCGCGAUGAUAAGUACAGUGAUAUCCAGGCAGUCAAGUAUUCAACAACGUCAUCGAAAAUUUGGUUGUUUAAAGAAGUCAUGGCCUCUGCAGCAGAUCUAGCCAGCGUUGCAGCCAACGCCGAUUAUGAAUUCGAUAUUACCAACAUCAGAGAGUUGAAUUUUACGGCACUCAAGUGCAUUUCUUUCUUGACGAAUCUGGCAUCGGCGCCUGAUUUCCCAAUCGACCAGAUGGACAAAAAAGACAUGCCGUUAAUUAAACAUCCGCAUUUCUGCACAACUAUGUGGCAAAUCUCCAUUGAAUGCUUCUCAGCCCGCUCGAAAGCGCACAGUAACAUGCAAUGCAUCCAGUACAGGAUGGAAAAGGUUCCCUUAGAUGUGGAGUACGUGAAAAGUAAAUGGAAGGACGUGAACGUGAAGAAUUUUUUGCGCAAUCUCGUGGAGAAAAUGACAAAAUUAGUUGAAGAAGGAGCCCAGCUAACACAAGAAGCUUGCGAUACUUUUGAUCGAUUGAUUCAGCUGAUUGGCCAAGUCAUUGCAGCCUGCAAGGCAAGUAAGAAACGUGAAAAGGAGAAUCUAACGGACAAGAAUACGAAAAGGAAGAAGGAAAUGGAGGAAACGAUUAAGAGUAAAGUGGAAGCCAAAAUAAAAAAGGACAACGGUUUGCAGCAGGAAAUUGAAAGGGCGGAAAGAAAUCUAUGCGAAAAAAUUAAAUACUUGGAUGACAUCCGCAAAUCCAAGUUGCAUGUUUGCAUGGCAUUUCUCAGGAUAUUUGGGCACCAAGAUUGUGUUGGGUACGCCUGGCAAAUGUUAGAAGAGGCCGAAAAGAGAUUGAAGAAAACCAAAGAAGAAGCAGAGAAAAAAUACAAACGGUCCAACGAAGACAUUCAAGAGUGGCAAGACAAGCAAGUUGAAUUAAAUAAAUCCUUGGAUCAAAUUGAGAAACUUCCAACCCACGAAAAUGAUAUUCGUGUUCUCGAGUUGUUGCGUGACAAUUGUUUGGGCAUAAAUCGUUACUUUAAUCAGAUGAGAAACUACGCUACUGAUGUAACACUUCCAAGACUCACUGACUUUUCAACCCAAGUCGAGAAUGUAGAAAGUAAUGCCAUUCCAAUUGACGAACUGGAAGAGUCCCUUGGACUGACGUUGGAAUCCUGCGCCAAGACGCAUCACUUGGCUAAAAUGUACUUCCAAUGCAAGACACAUCUGCGUGACGAUGAAACGUCUGUUGACAUUAAGGAACUGUUUAAGGCCACCGAAGGUGAUAUUGUAAAUGUAGGAAAAAUGUGAGCGCAUCCCAGCAUAUGGAAAUGGUUGCCCAAUGCCCAUCCGAGUCGAGUCCUGUGUCGCCCUACCCUGAAUUACCCUACCUGAAAACACAAACCUGGAACUCUUGUCCAACGCAGACGUAAAGACGAGAAUUAAUUUCACAUCGAUUUCCUUUUUAUAUCUGAUCACAUUACGUUCAAUUCCAUUUUUAUGAUUCUAAACAAAGAAAAUAAAAUCAAAGUUUUGCUCUAA